UUUGACUUACCAGAGUCUCUGCUUUGCACUUCAGUAAUGAAUCUAUGUAGCAAAAAGAAAGGAGAGAGAACAACGUCAAUUCGUUGCUAAAUAACAGAUUUAACCGAGGAAACUUUGCAUUUGGAAUAGAUUGGGGAUUUUUUAUUUUUAACAAACCUGGUAAAAGUGCGUUUUCGACGUUUAUGACUGGUACUCGCCUGUCUGAGCCACCGAGCGCCCCCUUCAGGACAUAAAAAUAAUCACAUCUAAAAGUGCAAAAGCCGAUUUGUUGAUUUCAGUUCACUGACCAAACCUCUUAACAACGAAAUCAGCUACCGCUUCAGGGGCAGUUUCCACCUUGAAUACAUCACACAGUACUGUACAGCCUCGACAGGGCUCUUGAUCACACAAGCAUAAAGAACACGGGAAGGCACGAAGAGGCUUUUGAAGAAGAUAUGUCUGAGAAGGACCCUAAAACAUCACAGGACCUGACUAUUGUGGUACAGACCUUGCUGCAGCAGAUGCAGGACAAGUUCCAGACCAUGUCAGACCAGAUUAUUGGGCGAAUUGAUGAGAUGAGUACGCGAAUCGAUGACUUGGAGAAGAACAUCUCUGAUCUCAUGAGUCAGGCAGGUGUGGAGGAGUCAGAGGAGGAGAUAAAAGUCACUGAGACCUCUGGAACAGCUUGAAGGCAAAGACCAACACCAUCCUAACUGCCAAGGAACACAGUGAGGACCUUCUACUGCAGUAUCAGAAUUUUUAAAUGAAAUGUGAAUUAAUCCUUUUUUAAGUAAUUCAUUAAAAAUGGUGCUUGCCUAUGUGUAUUACAUAAUAUAUUACAUAAUAUAUUACAUGCUGUUAGGUUAAAACUAUAUUACUGGACAGGAGAUAAACAAAUGAAAACUUGUUUUUGUAUUUAUUCAUUGCAUUCACAGGGGAAAUCAUGUGAUUCCUGCAUGUUUUGCUGAUGAUUAAAAACUCCAUGAAAUGGC